AUGGAAGAAAUAGGUCGGACCUAUUCACCUGAGAAAAAGCUGUUCUGGUUAUAUAAUCAGAAAUUGUGCAGUAUCAGAGAUCGAUCAGACAGUAUUGAUUCCAAAAAUGACAUGUUAUCCUGAGACCAAGAACUCUGAUGAAGUGCUUGGUGAUGAAAAAAAUUUUUUGAUGAAGACGAAUUUGGGUGUGAGGAUUGGGAAGAUGAAGAAAUUGAGAAAGAGGAUGGAGAAGAAAGCGGAUUAGCUGAAAAGGUUUAUUAA